AUCAGACGCCAAGGUCGCGUCGUACAUAAGGCCAUGCACUUUGCUCUGAGAUAUUCCCGGUCGUCUACUGUUUAACGAAUUCACAUGCUUUUUAUUACGUGGUCUCGAACAAGCUGCUCCCAUCUCCGAACGUCUCCCACGCCGCAUGCUUACACCGUUCGAUCGAACCAAGGGCAAGGGAUAUCAGAGAGCAACCUCAAACCAAAGCCAGGUCAAGAUUGGGAAUUUUACGGUACUUGCAUGUAAACGAUGGACCCACAACUACUGCCCCCGAGGCCCGACAGUCCUCCGCGCCGGCUCCGCGCCUGCGCGCCUUGUACCCGGGCCAAGGCCCGCUGUAACUUCCGCGAGAAGAACGCUCGUCAGCACCUCUGCGAUCGAUGUGAGCGGCUCAAGAUUGACUGCUCGGCCAAGACGAGGGGCGUAAGAAGGACACGGCAGAUCAAGCCUCUUGUCAACCGCGUCGCAACACUAGAACAACAAAUAGCCCACCUCGUCACCCCAGAAAAGUCUCCAGCGGCCUCGACGCCCUCAGCAGAAACCUCAACCUCAACCCCCUCAACCUCCUCGCCCCCCUCACACUCAAACUCACACUCACACCCAUCAGCUCCCCUCAUCCAAAGAAACCCCCCAGGCCCCGUAACCCACAACCUCCCCUCCUACUACCAGUCCUCCUCUUCUCACUCCCCUUCCUCAUCCUUGGUCGUAACCUCAACGGCAACACCACCCCUAGGCCUAACCUGGUCCCAAGCGUCAAACAUCCUCGCCGACUUCCGCGCAAACUUUGUCCCCAACUUUCCCUUUAUCCAGAUCGACGGACCAACCGUGGAACCGGGAUCGGGAUCGCCGCAGCGGCUCGCGCGCGAGAAGCCGUUCCUGUUCCGCGCCGUCAUGCUCGCUGCCGCGCCGGUGGGGAAGGCGAGGGCCGAGGCUAUGCAUCGCGAGGUGUUGGCUGAUAUGGGGAGGCGGAUGAUGCUCGAGGAGGAAGGGGGCUUGGAUUUGUUGCAGGGGGUGUUGGUUAUCAUUCUGUGGGCAGAGUGCAGAUACUGGUUCGACAAGCAAAUCACCCGCCUAGUCUACACAGCCCUGGGCUACGCCCACAGCCUAGGCAUAACCAAACCCCCACGCUCCCUCCUCCAACCCUCGCCCUGCCGCCCCGGCUCCCAAUACCCAGCCCAGCAGCAAUGGCAGCAGUGGCACCAACAACAGCAACCAGAAGACUGCUUCUCCAACAAAGCAUCCCUCAGCGCGACGGAACACCAUACCCUCGAGGAACAGCGCACCUUUCUCGGCCUCUUUUGUGUGGUGACGUCCAAUUGCGCGCAGUUCUCACGCAGGCAGAAUCCUCUCCUUCACUGUCUCGGUUCGGAUGGCGGACGUAAGUCGUCUCAGGGGCAGCAACAGCUCGGGUACUUGGACGUCUGCUACGAGAACCUCGCCGCGUCCGGGAGCCUGGAGGACCGGAUGGCGGCGAGGAUGUUCAAGAUGGCAGCUACCUCUGCGCGCGUCGCCGACGGGUUCGGCCCCGUGAUCGACGGCGAGCGCGGGAGAGGGAUGGGGGAUGGGUUCGAGGAGGAGGUUGGGCGGAUUCGUGCUGGUGUGGAAGAUAUUUUGGAGGGACUUGAUCCGCGGGAGCCUUCUCAUGCAUACCUCAACCUCCAACAAAAAGCCCUCCUAGUCCAACUCUACGAACCAGCAACAAAACCCCCAACCUCCUCCUCCUCAUCUUCUCUAUACCCCCCAGCCGUCCCAAGCACAACCUACCUCCACGCAGCCCUCUCCGCAGCGAAAACCUACUUCGACGCCGUCCUCGCCUUACCACCAGAAGCCUACAUCUACCGCACCUCAGUCGACAUGGGCCUAGCCCAAGGCGUCCUCGCCGUAACAACACGACUGCUCAUCCUCCACGGCGUAGAGGGCUGGGACCUACCCCGCGCGCGUGCCAAGAUGAACUUCGCUGACGUCUGCGAUAACUUGAUCGCGUUUCUCGGACGGGUGCUACAGACGGGCAGGGAGAGGAUGGGACGGCUGAAAGAGGAGACGUGGGUUAGAGGUGGUUGUGGCAGGGCGUAUAAUACCGUCGAGUUUGACUGGGAUGAUAUCAGUGGGGGCAGCGACAUUGAUGUAAGAGGUUCCAUGUGCGAGGACUUGAUUGGGAAGAUGGGCUGGAUCAAGGAUUGGUAUGAGACUCGCGUUCGAGCCGAGGAUAGCGGCGUGACUACCACAGCUGGCGGUGGCGGCGGCGGGAGUGAAGCGGCGAAUAAGGAGUUGAUGGAGGAGAUUGCGAGGAUUUGGCACUGGCCUGCGGACGCGGCGAGUAUGCCUAUGUUUGGGGGAUUGAUUAACCCCUUUGAUAUCUGUUACGACAGUAUUUGACGAGACACCAUGUCCGUUUACGA